GCUGCUUGAAAAAUCUCUCAGUUUAGGACUUGGAUCCUUGGAGUCCGGAUUAAUUACAACUUUUCAGCAUUCCUGCUAUGAUUUCUACACAGCACUAGCCCAAAGCAGCCCAAAGAAUAAUGGAAGAAUUCCAAGAAGAGGAAUCUGAACUCAAAGAAGAUGAAGACUGUUCUCUUGCCUCUGACUCAGGGGUACCUGUGUUUAAAUUACUGCAGAAAUGGGUUCCUAAGGCUGCUCACUAUUUUGACAAAGAACAUUAUCAUUACGCUGGCCAUCAGAUCACCAUUCAAGAAUCCAUCGAAAACUAUGGAGCUGUAGUGUGGCCUGGUGCUCUUGCUCUGUGUCAGUAUCUGGAAUCAAAUCAACAAGAAAUCAACCUUAAAGACAAGAGAGUACUUGAAAUUGGAGCUGGGACAGGCCUGGUAUCUAUUGUAGCAAGUAUACUAGGUGCUUACGUUAUAGCUACCGACUUGCCUGAGGUACUUGACAAUCUGGAGUUCAAUCUUUCAAAAAACACACGCAACUUGAAUGUUCGCAAGCCUGAAGUAAGAAAGCUAGUUUGGGGAAAGAAUCUCAAUGAAGACUUCCCUAAAUCAACCCAUUGUUAUGAUUUUAUUGUAGCUACUGAUGUUGUGUACCACCACACAGCUCUGGAUGCUCUGCUAGCCACAAUGACCUACUUGUGUCAGCCUGGGACAGUCUUGUUAUGGGCAAACAAAUUCAGAUUCAGCACAGAUUAUAAGUUUUUGGACAGAGUUUGCAGCAUAUUCAAUAUCACACAACUAGCAGAUUUUCCAGAGUCAAAUGUCAAGUUGUUCAUAGGCACAAUAAGAGAAAAUUAAGACCUGAAAGAGUGCCAGAAUCCUGAUCCAAUAGUUGCAGCCUAAACGUUUACAAAGCAGUAGUUUUAAAGACUUUAAUAGCUCCACUACAGAGUGGUACAUUCAAGAUAGAAUUCCAAGACUAUCUCCCGAUAAUGGGUAGUUAUCUUCUCUUCCUAAAAACCUGUACAAAAGGAGUCAAAUAAGUAGGUUCUAGUAGUGAAUGCUGUCUUUUGCUCAUACAGUCAUUUUGCAAAUGAUUAACUGGGUAUGUUCACCAUCACCUAAUUGCAUCCUUUUGUGACUAACCACAUUCUGUCACCCUGGAGGUUUUCAUAGAACUAUUUUCAUUGCACUUGAAAGUUUAACUCCACUGUUAUGGCUCUAACUGCAUCCCGUUGCUAGAAACAGAAAGGAGGGGACCAUUUUGACUCCACAAGUCCCAUGUUACUAUAGAAAGCAACUUGAUUAAUACAAAUUUGGUGUAGUGUACCUGGGGAGAUAAAGAGGAAACCACAGCAUUUCAAAUUAAAUACAGGGUUGUAAGUAUGCACAGCAUUUCUGUGAGGACAAUCCAGAUAAUGGGGCUACUAUUACUUUUUCAGCAUAAAAUAAUCAACCGAUCAUUACAGUGCCUUCCAAAAGUAAUCAGACCCCUGACCAAUGCUCUCAUAUUACUGAAUUACAA